CCAUGGUCACUCGCCAAGCAGAGGAAUCGGAUGCGCAGGUCGUGUCUGGAGAUAUUGGCCAGCAGGAAACUCAACCUCUACUGGAUCAGGAAGCCGAUGCUGAGGACUCACAACGGCAGGAAGAGAGUCAGCACGAUGAACAACCCACACGCUCAGUCUUUGGCAUCAUCUCCGUGCUGUUGAUUGGUGUUUUCGUCUCUCAAGCCGACACAACUCUGGUCUUUGCGACAUAUGCUCACAUCACAUCCGAGUUUAUCCGUCUGGGAGGCGGCAGCUGGAUUGAUGGCAGUUGGAUAGUGACGAGCUUUGGUCUUGCAACAUGCGCUACACAACCAAUGUAUGGACGUCUAUCACAAAUUUUCGGAAGAAAGCCCAUCCUACAGAUGUCGUAUCUGCUGUUUUUGGUUGGUACCGCUAUUGCAGGACUUGCUCAGAACAUGGUACAGAUGAUCGUUGGGCGUGUCAUACAGGGUGCUGGAAGUGCUGGUAUGGUCUCCAUGGUUUCCAUCUUGUUGACUGAUUUGGUACCGCUACACGAGGUGGCAUCGUACAGAAGCUACGUCAAUGUGUUUUCCACCGUGGGAAGAAGCUGUGGAGGUCUGAUCGGAGGCUACCUAACACAAACCAUUGGUUGGCGCUGGGCGUUCAUCGGACAAUGUCCGCUUUUACUACUCUCCAUCAUGCUGGUCUGGUGGAAGCUCGAAGAACCAUAUCAAAACGUUGACCUCAAGCAAAGCAUCUGGACAAAGCUCAAACGCAUUGAUUUUGUCGGCGCCUUCUUUAUGUCCAUCGCCAUUCUAGCAAGUAUCACAGCAUUCGAUCUUGGCAGCAAAAAGGCCAACACUCCUGUUCUUGCAACUCUCGUGGCGGUCGCAGUCACUGCUGGAGUUCUCUUUGCUCUGACUGAGAAGUUGUGGGCUAAAGAGCCCAUCUUCCCCUUGGAGUUGCUUGGAAAGGAUGCCGUGAUUACCUCAUAUUCGAUCAUCUUCAUCCAAACUGGCAUUCAAGUUGCUGUGANNCUCAUGUUCCUGGUGCCAUUGUACUUCCAAGUCACGGCCAAUGCAAGUAUGGGCGAAGCUGGCGCACAUCUUGUUCCUGCUGUGUUUGGUAACACACUUGGUGGCCUGGCUGUUGGUGCUUGGAUUAAGCGUUUAUCCGCCAUGCUCUGCUUCUCUUUACUUCUGAUAUUGUGGCGAGGUCAUACUAGCACGGCUGCGUCAUUAGUCAUCUUCUUUGGCGGCUGUGCGUCAGGCAUGGCAAAUUCAGCAGUCUUUGUUGGCUUGACUGCAGGAGUCGAGAAACAACAAAUGGCCAUUGCGACCACGGGACUGUAUCUCAGCUCCAAUAUCAGUGUGGUGGCUGGCGUCAGUGCUGCAAGUGCAAUCUUCCAAUCUGCAUUGCGAGCAAACCUCCACAGAAUGUUGGGCAGGGUGGUUGGCGGCGACGAGAUUGCGAGGAAGGUGUUGUCUGAUGUUGCGUAUGUGCAAACAUUGCAUGGCCGUCUUCGGCACUUGAUCAUCCGUGCCUUUGUGGCGAGUUUCAGGAGGACCUUUGGUAUGUUGCUCAAUCCCCUCUCCAAGGGAUCCUUUAGC